AUGGCCGAACCCGACUUCGCGGCUCCUCCCGACCCCAUCGUAGGAAACCAGUCCAAGACGGGUCUCGUUGCCCUAGCCAAGAAGAUUACCCGCGAAGCGGAGAAGCUCGAGGCAUACAUGCGAGAGAACAACCUGCCCAUGCCGAGCUUUGAUGUCGACGCGCUGGCAGACUUUCCCAAACUGCCCGAGCAUGUCGCCCAGAGCAGGCGCGAGAUCAUCUAUUCUACCAAGGAGUUGGCGCAGCUGGCCCACGGGCCCCGAGAGUCCCUAAGGUGGGGAGUCUGGGAGUUCCUAGAUGUGCUAGCUGUACAGGUUAUAAACCACUUUGGAAUCGCGAAACUCUUCCCAACAAGUUCCACCAUCACCCUCGCCGAGCUGCAAGCCAAGACCUCGCUGGACGCCACCAACCUCGCGCGGCUCCUCCGGCUGGUCAUGACCAAGGGCAUCUUCCGCGAGCCGGCUCCAGGCAUAAUCGCGCACACGGCGGCGUCGCGGCUGCUCGCCGAGGACGGCGACCUCGAGGCGUGGGUCGGCUUCAACGCCGAAGACACCUUCCCCGCGGCGGCGCACGUGCUGGAAGCCCUCAAGACGCACCCGGAGGCGACCUCCCUGGCGCGCUCGGGGUUCUGCCUCGCCUUCGACACGGUCGACAAGGAGCCCAUGUUCGUGACGCUCGGCCGGGACCCGGCGCGGGCGAGGCGCAUGGGCCGCGCCAUGGCGAGCCUGACCGGCGGCGAGGGCUACGAGGUGUCGCACUUUGUGAACGCUAACAAUAACGGCCUCGUCGACGUCGACGCUGCGGGCGGCACGUUUGUCGACGUGGGCGGCUCGCACGGCUUCGUGUGUGUCGACCUAGCGGUGCGCUACAAGAACAUCCAGUUCGUCUGCCAGGAUCUCCCCAAGACUGUCGAGAGCGCCCCGAAGCCCGUCUGCGCCGACCCCCAGGCUGCCGCGCGCAUCACCUUCCUCGCGCACGACUUCUUCACGGAGCAGGUGACCAAGGGCGCCGACGUGUAUUACUUGCGCUGGAUAAUCCACAACUACUCGACGCCGUACGCGGUGCGGAUUCUCCGGAACCUGAUCCCUGCCCUGAAGCCCGGCGCCCGCGUCAUCAUCAACGACCACUGCCUGCGCGAACCUGGCCGGGAGAACCCCCACGACGAGGCGGUGAUGCGUCGCAUGGACAUCGUCAUGUUGGCUCUCCUCAACGCCCAGGAGCGCACCGAAGCCGAGUUUCGAGAGCUCUUCAGGACGGCGAGUGACGGCUUCGUCUUCAAGGGGGUCACGCGGCCCGACGGUUGUCGCAUGAGCAUUAUCGAGGCUCUUUGGCAACCUAAGAAUGGCUCUGUCGCCAAAAAAGUUUCAGAUCAGACAUUGUAG